UUCAGAAUAAUUCUGGUGCUGGUUCUGUAAAUAAGGAAUCUGAUGAUUUCAUGUGUUUGAUCCCCCCAAAAGUUUACUGUGAGUGUGAGAGCUACGCAGUCCUCAUCUUCUUGUGAGUUGAGUUCAUAGCUGAAUCUGAACACAAAGACCCCUAUCUAAAAAUAGAUGACCUACAAUCCUGUAUGAAUGAAAGAAAUUCUGAGCCAGUAAUCGAGAUUUUGGGGACUUAAGGUUGCACUGUGUGGAGCUGCACAGGUUAUUGUGCAGGUAACUGUUCACCCAAUUCUUCACCUUAAUGACGUAAAGUUUGAUUGUCCACAAGAAGCAUGAGGGAUGUUAAUAAACAUCGUCAUGCAUCAGCAACAUGUCCUGUACCCCGAUUACCGCCCCUCUCUAUCAACAAACUAACUCAGGGUCAGUUAAAGGCGUUUGUACCAGGUUUAAUGCAACUAGCUACAGGUAAUGCUGGUAGUACUGAUAAAGAUAUGACAAAGGCUGCUGAUUGGUUGUUAUUAAACUCUACACAGUCUAAAUCAAAGGAGAAUAUAACGACUGAUGUAUUGAGAGCCAUGGUGCGUAACUGUUAUAGAAGAUUAGGACAGGAAGAUUUACUAUCCUGUAACUCAGAUGCUAGCUGGAAAUCAGCUUUAGCCAGACUCACAGAACUACAAUCCAGUAAUUACUAUAACAAGGUUCCACAGAAUUGUGGGAGUAUGGAAUAUCUUCCAAGUAUUAUGUCUAAUCAAGGGUAUAUGAAGUCUUUCAUUGAGAUAUUUGUGUGUUACUUCUGUUCAGAAGAGUUUGGUGCCAAAGAAGACUUACGGUUACAUCAAGCAGGAUGUUCUCUGAGACCACCAGAAUUACAGGCCAUUCAGUCUGCAACUGUUCCUGCAGCACCAGCAGCAGAUUGUAAUGCUGCUUGUCCUCAACUCAUUCCUCAAGGAAUGGUGUUCGAGGAAAAAGUGGUCACUCAACCUAAGGAUGAAUAUUUGGAAGGUUUGGAUCUAGUCCCAGUUCUAAAAGCAAAGAAAAUACGGGAGAGAAGAAGAGUAACAGAAGUUGAACUUGAUGUGGAAACUUUCAUUGAGCCAGAAACUCCUAGAUCUCCAGCAACUCCUAGGACUCCCAAAUCUUUGAUUUCCCAGUUGAGUCGUGAUGGUGGAGAGUCGAGUUCUUGUAAAAGAAGACUUUCCUAUCUCUUUCCAAGAGACAAUAGUGAUGCAGAAAGUGUUAUUAGUAAUAAUAGUAGUGAUGAACAUGACGAGCAUCAUAAACCCUCCAAAACUCUCUCCCUCCUCUUUAUAGACAUUGCUUCACCUCUUGGACAAAAAGUGCAGCAUUAUAUGACUGCUGAUGAAGUAUCAUCUAAAGUGCUAUCAGACCCAGAAUCAUUUUGUAAAACUCCAGUCAAGGACACAACUUUCUCAGAGAAAUUGCGUGCGAGAAACAAUAUUGUGCAAAUUACUUAUAAACUGACUCGCAAAAGAUUAAAACAGUUUAAUCACAUCUAUCAUUUUAAUAAAUCUCAGCGUCUCGACAGAUAUGAUAGACUUAGAACUGGUCUAAAUAGAGGAAGCAGGAUAAUGAAGAAAUCCUUACCAAAAUGCAGACUUGAAAUUCAAAGAUUAACACCUAAUGAUUUUAAGAAAUGGAAAGCGAGCAUGGAUCCACCAACAGUGCCUUUGAAUUGGAAAGCUCUAAGUAGAAAAGCUGCAUUGAAGAAGUUAUCUCACCAGAUUUUGAAGCAACCCUGCAGUUUCCCAAGAGGACCAGUGUUGUUAUCUCCAGGCAUUGAUAAACUCUUAGGAUUGAGGACGAAAGAGUCUAGAGCAACCAAAAGAACAUCAUUGACCUUAACCAAUGUUGUAUCAGAAGACACUAAUGCAGAAAUGGCCCAGAUUAAGCUUUCUCUUUAUAAGUGUUUACUGACAGAAUUAUCGGACCGUUCCCAAAAGAAUGAUGCAAACUUCCUAAAUACUUCCCCCAUAAAGGAUCAUCAGCGGAUGAAUGAUUCUCCAGUUUUCUUAUCUCCAUGUUCUGUAAAGAUCCAACCCCUCCAGAAACCUAGUCCUAGAUCAUCUCCUUCAAAGAAACACAGUAAGGUUUCACCAACAGGUCCUUUGAAAAUAGAAAUUCCUACAAGUGAACAUUUCAACAGCUUUUUGUCAUCCAGGAAAUGUUCUUCUACUGGAGAAGAUUUGUUGAGAGAUAUUGACUGUUUGGGAUCAGAUGAAUCUAUUUCUGUUAGAACUGUAUCUUCAGACGAGUCAUUCAGCGGUAUCUCUCCCAAUGAAGAUUCCUGUGUUAAAUGCAGAAAUAUUGUAUGUAGCUGUAAUAUUAAAAAAGAAAAGAACAUUGAUAGUAAACAGUCCAACAUCUCCAUAGAUAAAAAAGGUGACAGCAAGCCUAUAAAACGAAAGGUGGGAAGGCCUUUGAAAGAUCGUAAUUCAGAUACAAACAUCAGAAAAAAACCUGUUACACCACCAAGAAGUGUAGGAAGACCAUCAAAAAAAAUGAUCUCAACAACUAAGCCAGUAUUAUCAACCUCUAAGAACAGGAAUCUCACCAGAAGUAGAGGCGAUUGCAGUCGUCAGAUUAUCAGAAAGUAUAGAAAAGAGUUAACAAGUAACCUCCUUAGAAAGCUUCAGAUUGAUAUGGUGGAAUACAAUUUCACUCCAUCAAAUAUGACUUCUACUGAAGAUGUAAUUCCAAAGGGUAUGGCUAAAAAACUUCACAUUGACAUGGUUUGGGAUCCAAAUAAUACAAAAACGGGACGUGGUGAAUAUAAAAAAGUGCUAAAAAGUUCAGCAAGUGGAGAUUUAUUGCAAGUAAAAUCAAAAAAGACAAACACUGUUAAACGUGUUCCCAAAUCCCCAAGUUCUGAUUCCGAAGUGUCUUUUAAAAAAAUAACAGACUCAGCAGAUUCAUCAACUACAACAACAAAAAGUAAAUCUCUCUUCAUUUCUAAAGAUGCAGACAUCAGUCAGAAAAACUGCGAAAAGAAAGUGCUCAAAAAUGAAAACCAGAAGACUCAAACUUCUGAAAUGUCAAAGAAGAAGCUGAUGCAUCAGAAAACAGCCAGUGUUCCAAAGGGCUUACAGAUUGAUAUGGUUUGGGACUUCAAAGAUCCCAAGACACGUCAUGAAGGUGGUGGUUCAAUGCAAUCAUCGCUACUGAAAAGGUCAAAUUCGAUCUCAAGCAGCCAAUCUGUUAAAGCGCCUUCCUCAAAAGAAACGACACAAAGGAAACAGCCAGGUGCCAUUUCUAGCCCAUUGAAAACUUAUGCACUGAAGAGAUCACAUAGUCAAACUUCUAAAGCAUCCCCUUUGAAAGAUUCCAAGAAGACAAACAAUAUGGCAGAAAUACAGAAAAAGUCAGUAAAGGUAUCUCCGCUGAAAAAAUCAAACUUUAGUAAGUCGGCUUCCGAAACAAAUGUGUCAAGUCGUGGAGCGACACAAAAGAAAUCAAGCAGCCCUGCAUCUACCCCAAAAAAAUCUCCUUUGUUGAAGAAAUCAAGCUCUAUUUCCAGUUGUAAAGCAUCACAAUUAACUCCAUUGAAAGAAAACAAAACAGCAAGCACUGUUUCCAGUCCCUUGAAAACAUCUCCAGUGAAGAGAUCCAACUUGGUGUCCAGCUGCAAAUCACCUAAAGCAUGUCCAUCAUGUGAUUCUCCAGCAAGAAAGACUAAUAGUCCAUCACCCAGCAAAAAAACUUGCGGAACUCCAGUGAUUACAAAGUUCUUUCCAAAACAGAAGUCCUUGCCAGCAUCACCUUCACCUCCUAAAUCCCUCAACAAUCCCAAGUUGACCAAAUCUAGUUCUUCCCCAAUUAAAACUCAACAAGUAAACCCGAAGAAAAAAUCCUCUAGUGCUACAGGAACUCUCUCAAAAAGCAAUGCCAAAUCUCCCCAAAAACAAUUAGUCAAAAACUCUCCCAAAAAGCAGUUAGUCAAAAACUCUCCAAAAAAGCAAUAUUCAUUAACAAAAUCUAAAUCUUCACCAAGUAAAAUUUCCAGUGAUAAACCCAAUAGACCUAAACCAAGUGUAUCUGCUGGACACUUGUUGGCUGGAGCAAAAAGAAAAUUGUCAGUUGGUUCAAUAUGUGCUCCAAAACCUAAAAAACAGAAAUUGUGAACAAUGUAGGAAAGAUAUGAUCUGAACAUUAUAUUAACUGUAAGUGGUAUAUUGAAUCAAAUUUUACGGAACUGUGUACAUAGAAUACUGUAGAGGACUUCAUUUUGUGUGUGUGUAAAAUUAAAUUUAAAGUGCUGUCUGUAAAAUCAGGUACAGACUCCCAUGGUGCAUUGAAUUGAAAUGAGAUGGGCUUAUGGUCCUACUUUUCUGGACUUACUGGGUUAAUGGUGCAUUGAACCCUGCAAGCAUCCUGUGUUAAAUAUCCGGUCCUGAUUUUCGAAAAACUUAAAUUAAACCAUCAUUUAAGACUGUUGCCAUUUGAUUGGGUUGUGUAAAUUUAAACUGAUCAAAUUGACAAUAAGACUAUCUUUCUCCAAAAUAUAUCCUACAAUUCGAGUUGGAAGAAUGUUGUUUCUGCAUGUAAAUAACCAUUGAAUUUAAGGGAUUCCAGAAAUCCUGAUGCCACUUCUCCUGGCUAGCAAUUUCCAAUGUGCAUACGUGUAUAUAUUGAGAUUAAGCCAUCAGAGUAAAUAUCCUAAACUAGGGUGAUAUUAUACAAUGUAUUUGUUUGAAGAUACAUUUAAUUCUUGUUACAUUAAUUGUUCUUGUUAAAGCUGCCAAAAGUUACACGAUUGCAUUAUUAUUAUUAUUAUGUUUUAAUAGAAAAUGCUCUGUUCACCAACAAUCUCAAGAAGUGAUGUUCUCAUACAUGUAAUUUUAAAAUGUAUUAGCUGUUGGUGGGCUGAGUGGUCAUCGUCUGAUUAAAAUCAAAAAUGAAUAAAAAGGGAACACAAGACAAUAGAUGUGAAAUAAGAAAAUAAACUAUUCUUACGAAAUGUUUUAAAGCUGUGUGAACUUUGUAUUUUGUAUUUGUAUUCUGUAUUUGUGUAUUAAAGAGACAAUAGCGUUUAAUAUUAUACUACCGGUAAUUUACAUAUAUUUUUGAAUCAAAUAUUUUCUAUGACUACUAAUAGGUAUAUUUAUUAGGUUCGACUGUUGAAAUGUUAAAGUUUUAAAAUGGGAAAACUUUGAAGUCAUGGAUAAUGAACUAUGCACUAAUUCUAAUUUAUAAGAAUUAUUUAUAUUUUUUUUUUGUUGUAAUUAGUAGAGAUCUUUGCUUAAAGUUUUUCAUUGGGAACUCAAUUUCUUGUUAAGUUCAAAUUAAGUUCAAGUUAAUGUACCAGGUUUUUGGUGGUUGAAGUUAAGUCAAUGUAGAGUAUAAGUCAGAUCAUUGGAUUUUAUGAUUUUUUUCAGAAAAUUCACCAUUUAUGACUUCUAGCAGAGUAUAUUAUUAUUAUUUUAUUUUAAGUCUAAUUUUUAAUAUAAUACUUAUGUGAUCAUCUCAAUAAGAUUACAGAUCUUUUUAGUCAUCGUUGUAAAUACCAUUAACAUUAAACAGUUGCAACCAUUUAUUGUAAAAAGUUUAGAUGUUUAAAUCAU